AUGCUACAAUCAUCACCUCAAUCUGGCGCCUUUCCUAGACAAUCUUCAAUGCCUUCGCAGAUCGGACGAAUACGCGUAGCAUCAGUCAGCGCUGCGGAUAAAAUUCUAAGCUAUGAUCCCCAGCCCGGAAUGUGGUCUGCAACUGGUACAGCCAUUGCACAUGCCCCAAACCUGACCGAUUUGCGGAAGAACAACAUUGAUUUCGAUAUGGACGGACAUCUUGCAACGAAGCUCGAGUCACCAGAACCUGGUGGCAGUAAGCGAGUAACGCCAAUCGCGAAUUUUUCCUCGAUGACAUCGAGUAUCAUACCAAGCAAUGAUGACAAGAAAUUAUCCAGCCCAUUGGUACAAACCGUGAGCCACUCAACAACAGAGCCAGAGGCACCCAGCAAGUGGAGACAAACAGUCUUGACUGGUCUCAUCGCCUUUUGGCACUUCUUCAAGACACCAACCGGCUUGCUCAUCACUCUGUACGGCCUCAAUGUUGUGGCUUGGGGCGCCAUGCUCUUCUUCCUCAUCCUCAAGGCAGCACCCGCCAUGAACCAUCCCGAUGGUGGUGAUGCGGAUUCCUCACCUCGUAAGGUUUGGAUCGAGAUUGACUCACAAAUACUGAAUGCACUUUUCUGCCUGACAGCUUGGGGACUUGCUCCAUGGAGAUUAAGAGACCUCUGGUGGCUCUGCGUUUGGCGUUUCGGUCGUGGAACGGAAAGGUCCUCAAGAGCAAUCAGGAGAUUGGCAGCAAGAAACGUCAGCUGGUUCCGUCUACAAGAGCGCUAUCUGCUGGAUCAUGAAGAAGACGGCGUGGAUCCCGUUCUGAUACGUCGACAAACCUUCUCAGGCGAGACGGCGCCUCCUACGUCUCUUUGGAAGAUGGACUUAUGGUACAAUCGGAUCGACCGUCCAACUUGGGGAUCAGGCUUGUUUAUUGGCCUUGGAUGUGCAGUGAGUAUGUUUGCGGGCUUGAUGUCAUGGUGGGAAGGACGAAAGAUCAAGAAGAUUGAAGGACCAAAAGUUGUGAAGGACAAGGAGAAUACAGAGGUUUGA